AUGAUGCAGACGCUCUUGUACGACGUCCGCGGCGUCGAGUACAUGGCGAUCUACGACACUGCCGUGCAGCACAUUCCUCUGCGCAAGGACCUCGCGCACCUCCGCCCGCCGCCGCCUCGGCUCACGGACAAGCGCGACAUCUUUGUCGGCGUCGCCGCCUACCGCGACGGCUUCAAGUGCGGGUUUGCGCUCUGGACGGCCUUUUCGCGCGCGGUCCACCCCGAGAACGUCUUCUUUGGCAUUGUAGACCAGACACUGGACGAUGACGUUACCUGUAUUGACGCCUACUGUGCACGCGCGCAUGAGACGUGGCCACACGAGGCGUGCCGAUACAAAUCGCAGAUCACGAUCGACGCGCGGUCAGCGGCAACCUCGAAAGGCCCGACACUCGCCCGCGCGCAGCUGCACGCGCUGCUUGGCGAUCAAGAAUUUGGCAUGAUGGUCGAUGCGCACGUGCAGUUUACUCGAAAUUGGGACGACGUGGUCAUUGCCGAGUGGGUCGCGACCAAGAACGAGAUGGCC